AUGAAUGGCUAUGCUAAAGAUAUAAGGGACUCAAGUUGGUUCAAAGAUAUCCUGGGACUGUCCUGUCGGAUACCUAGUGGUAUCGAUGCAAACGUGGCAAACACCCUCUUUAUCGCAGACAUCAAUGGAUCUCAACCUCUGCACCUUCGCAUAGCUCCAACAACAAUUAUGGCUCCCGAGUCAGGCCCGCCCAAGGGGGCCAUGAUGUCGCUAUAUGCAAAUCUACUCGAUCCCUCCGCUGAAUCCGCGCCUGGGACGAUUUCCCGCGCACCCGUUGUCUUCAAACAAAGCUCCGAGACAGACGUGCAACCUGACGAUGCGGCUGCAAAGAAGCAGCAAGUUAACGCUGCUUCGCUCCGAUUCCAACCCACCAAAAGACCACAGUUCGCGAACCAGAAACCCAAGCCCAAACCUACACUGCCCAAGGCUGUGCUAGCUGGCGCAGGUCAGGCCUCCAACUCUGCCGCACCCGUGAAGACUUCCUUAGCGGACUGGGCGGGCACAGAAGAUGAUGACUUUGGGUAUUAUCAGGGCGACAAGCGGCCGCGCGGUGGGAGAAAGAAGCGCAAGAAGAACCGCGAGCCGCAGGCAAUCAUGCAAGACUGGGGUGAUAUUUAUGAUCCAUCGAGACCGAACAACUACGAACAAUAUCGACAUAGCGACGAGAAGAUCUUGGAAGUUCGUGACUGGAAGGACAGGCUAUAUGCGCAUCGGAUGAAACGCUCCCUGAGCAGGGAUUCGGACAGCGACGACUACGAUCGACCAGUCAACCGGCAAUUCGCUCCUCCGAGCAGCUUUGCGCCUCCCCCGAAUAUCAACGACACUACACCUCCGCCUCCACCGUCUGUCCCUGACGACCCAUUUGGAGAAGAUGCCUUUGCUCGUCGCGCACGCAUGAGCCAGCAGCAGAAUGAUUACGACCAGACUCAGCCUCCACCGCCCACAGAAGAACCUCCCGCUCCACCUCCAUCCCGCCCUCUAAACGCCUUCCAACCCGCCUCCGCAACCAUAUCCCGCGCACCCAAGGGCUUCGCAGAGCGUCUCCUCUCAAAAUAUGGCUGGACCAAGGGCUCUGGGCUCGGUGCUACUGGCUCUGGCAUCGUCAAGCCUUUGCAAGUCAAGGCUGAGAAGCGUAAGAAGAGACCGGACUCUGAAGGCGGAGGAUUCGUGACGCCCGCUGGACGGGGCACGAUCAUCGGCGGCAAGAAGAAAGGUGGUGAUGAUACAGGAAAAUUUGGGCCUAUGAGUGAGGUUAUUAUUCUCAAAGGGAUGUUGGAUGGAAUGGAUCUCGAGAGUGAAUUGCAUGCUGCGGAGGGCGGUGGCUUGAUGCAGGAGAUCGGGGAGGAGUGUAAUGAAAAGUAUGGGAGCGUGGAGCGAGUUUACAUUGCACGCGACGUAGGAAGUCCUGUUCCUGUCUUUGUCAAGUUUACUAGUCCAUUAUCGGCUUUAAGAGCUGUGAAUGCUUUAGAAGGACGGAUAUUCAAUGGCAAUGCCAUACAGGCUCGGUUCUUUGAGCGUCAGAAGUUCGAAGAUGGAAUCUAUGUGGAUUGA